AUGACACCACCAUUAGCUACGAUCAUCUCUGAGAUAUCUUCCAUCAAAAACUCCCACAUCAAGAUUUUAUCAGGCCCACUAAAAGGUGGCUCCAAUACUGUAUAUGAGAUCCAAUCUGAGCAAGGGGAUCGUUGGUGUCUUCGUAUCCCCCACGACGCCGACGCAGCUAGCUUUGCUACAAAAGGAACAGCUAUUCUAGAAGAUGUGAAAAAAAGGCGCCCGGCGCUUCUAGCACCUGCUAUUAUCUAUCAAUCAGACUAUUAUACUGUUAUGGAGUAUCUUGAUGGAGAGGCUCUUAAAUCCUGGAACACGCAAGUCUUACCAAAGGAGCGGCGUCAGGAUUUACUAGAUGGCCUUGCGACUUUCCUGUUUUCCCUAUGGACCUUAGAAGAGGUGCAAGACACUCAAGGCACAGAGAAUUCCUUCGAAAUGAGGUCGACAAAGGACUUCUCCGUACGCUUGAAGGAAACUCCGCUUGGGGGUGAUCCAAUUUAUUAUCUCUAUCGACGGGUGAAGAUUGAUGACCUCGUGCCUUAUCCGGACGAUGGGGUUGCUAUAGUCAAGCAUGGAGACUUGAAUGCAUGGAACGUGGUCGUGAGCGAAAGAGGGCUCUCUGGUGUUGUGAAUUGGGAUACUUCCCGAUUCAUGCCUGCCCCUUCAGCUAUCCACCACCCUCUUUUUAUCGCGGAUAUUCCAGGGUGGCUAAAUGAUGAUGUCCCUGAGGGGAUGACAUUUGAAGAAGAUCGAUCCUAUUUAGAGCAUGCGAUAAAGAAAUUAGACGUGAGUUCUGAACACCCUGGGCAGAUUGAGCAUCUACUACGAACUUCAUUUGAGAGGCAAUUCUUAGAGAUGUCGCUUCGUAACCGGGAGAUCAACGAUGAUAUUAAACCUACGAAGCCGGCUUGUUUGAAAGUUACUUCUGUCUAUACGGGCCAUAGCCUGAUGCCUACAGAGUGGGACCACUUCCUUGACAACCCGCCCCCUUCCGACAAACCGAGUUGUGGGACAUCAGUUUACAUUCGAGGGCAAGUAUACCAUCUCGGUAACGUCUUCGUCAAGCGGACUCUCCGCCCCUCUGAGUACCAGCGGAAUAUCAAUGGCGUGCUGUACGUCCCUCGAGCUGGGAAUGAGCGUCUUGCCAAUGAGGCUGCCAGGUUGACGUUUAUACGGCAACUCACGGAUAUCCCCAUUCCGAAGCUGAUCUGCGAUUUCGAGGAUAACGAAUGCCACUACGUGAUCAUGGAGUACGUGGAGGAUGUCGCCAUGAGUUGUUUGAAGGCGGAGCAGAAGGAGCGUGUGGAGUCAGAGCUAAAGCAACAUCUUACGACGCUUCACAAUCUGAGAUCCAAAAGACCCGGAGGUCCGAUUGGGGUUGUGAUCCCACCCUGUCGCGUUUCGAGAGUGACAGAUAACGAUGAGUGGCAUCUAAAAGCCUCCGAAAAUAAAGAGUAUGUCUUCUGUCAUAAUUAUCUUUCGUAG